AUGGGUGGCAUAUUGAAUCUUCUCAGUCGUCUGUCCAAUGACGAUAGUUUGGUUGGUAGAGUUGUUUUAAUUCAUGGUCGCCCGUACGCAUUUCAACGACGUUUAGGCUCUGGCGGUUUCGGUUCUGUUUAUGCAGCAAGAGCUUCACACGGUAUGCCAGUAGCUGUGAAAGUGAUUCAUUUAACUAAUUUACCUCCUGAUCGUACUCGAAACCUUGUUCAAGUUUAUCUAAAUGAAGUUCAGAAUCUUGAACGAUUACGACAAGAGUCACGUCACGUUGUUGUCAUUCAUGAUUUUGAUUUUGAUGCUGCAUCCGGAACUGCCUAUAUUGUUAUGGAAUUAGGUGGAGAAACUUUAUCGACAUUAAUCAAACGACUACGUGGUAUGACGAGAGGUCAGGGUCCAUCAAUAGACCUCAUGAUGAUCAAAGCAUUUUGGAAUCAAAUGGUUAAUAUUGUUGGUACAUUACAUGCAAAUAGAAUUGUUCAUAUGGAUUUAAAACCGGAUAAUUUAAUUUUAUUUGGACCAACACUUAAAAUAGCUGAUUUAGGUAUAUCAAAAAAAAGUGAAGCAUUAGGUCAAGCCCGAAUGGGUACUCCAUUCUUUAGUGCACCGGAAAUAAUGCAAGAUAUUCCUGGUUUGCAACGAUCUUAUGGACCAAAAGCAGACAUUUGGUCAUUGGGUGCUAUUCUUUAUUUUAUGGUUUAUGGUGUACCGCCAAUGUAUCAUCAAUUUGCAGCAAAUCCUCCGCGUGGACUACCUACUUUUCCAGAUCCUGCUCUUAAUGAUCUACUUCGUCGUACCUUAGUACUUAGUCCUCAUACACGAGCUGAUAUACAGACAAUUAGAAAUCAUCCGUUCAGUCAAUCAUAA